CAAUGACACUUAUGAAUUUAAAAAAAUAAUUAAAUUAUAUAUUUGUGUUCUCUAGGUAUAGGUAUAAAAACUAGCGAUAUCUUCAAUCCAAGUUGUAUCAUAAAAACUUUCCGCUCGCUACAAAAAGUUUGGUCAUUGACUGCAACACAUCAGAAGUUGCUUCUCUUCAAAAUUGUAGCUUUGCGCUACUUUGCGUGAUUUCUUUUGUACACGUCACAGCGGGGCAAUGAACUAGUUUUGUAUUUAAUUUGCCAGUCGCGCUGCCCCUUCUGUGUUGAUAGGAGGCGUAAACUAUCGAUAUGGCACCAGUAAAUAAAGUUAACGCCGAUCUCCAAAAAGAGAGAGAUCAGUGCUCGUUCAAUAUCACUGAGCUAACUAAUUUGAUCGAUGGAGGCGCUGACAAAACCGAAGAACGCAAAAAGCGAGAGGAUAUGGUCCUAAAAGAAGGAAUUCAUGAAGAAGAAGUACCUGCAGAGUAUCUCAGCCACAAGGAAAGUUAUCAAUUAGCUGUGAAGAAAGCAUGUCUGCUCUUCAAGAUGAUCAGGAGACUUCAGGAGGAAGAAAACACAGGAAUGGAAAACUAUAUGGCAGUGCUAGGAGGCACCCUUGGGUCGGCGAUCCUCCGUGAUGGGUCUCCUCUCACGCUGCAUUACGUCAUGUUCAUCCCAACCCUCAUGGGUCAAGCCACAGUAGAGCAGCAGGCGUACUGGAUCGGAAGAGCAUUCAACCUUGACAUCGUUGGCACUUAUGCUCAGACGGAACUGGGCCACGGGACAUUCGUGCGCGGUCUGGAGACGACAGCCACUUAUGACCCGACCACUAAAGAGUUCGUGCUACACAGCCCCACUCUGACGUCAUAUAAGUGGUGGCCCGGCGGACUGGCCCACACCGCCAACUAUUGCAUCGUCAUGGCCCAACUAUACACCAAAGGGAAGUGCCACGGCAUCCAUCCUUUCAUCGUACAGCUCCGCGACGAAGAAACCCACAUGCCAAUGCCUGGCAUCAAAGUUGGCGAGAUUGGCGCCAAACUUGGCAUGAAUGGCACCAACAACGGCUUCCUUGGCUUCGAACAAGUGAGGAUACCAAGGGAUCACAUGCUGAUGAAGAACUCUAAAGUACUUGAGGACGGCACAUACGUGAACGCACCGAGCUCCAAGCUCACAUACGGCACGAUGAUGUUCGUGCGAGUGGUGAUAGUACAAGACAUGUGCACGUACAUGGCCAAAGCUGUCACCAUCGCCACACGGUACUCAGCCGUGCGUAGGCAGUCGCAGCCGAAGCCCAACGAACCAGAACCCCAAAUCCUGGACUACGUGACGCAGCAGCAUAAACUACUGGCAGGCAUCGCGUCGGUGCACGCGUUCCGUCUGAGCGCGCAGUGGCUGUGGGCCAUGUACAACAACGUCACCGCCGAGCUGGACGCCGGCGACCUGGAGCGGCUGCCCGAGCUGCACGCCCUAGCGUGCUGCCUCAAGGCCGUCAGCACGGCGGAGGCGGCCGCGUGCGUGGAGCGCUGCCGGCUCGCGUGCGGCGGGCACGGCUACAUGCUGUCGUCCAGCCUGCCGCUCAUGUACGGGCUCGUGACCGCCGCCUGCACCUACGAGGGCGAGAACACGGUGCUGCUGCUGCAGACCGCCAGGUACCUAGUAAAGGCGUGGCAGCAAGCUGUAGGCGGCAACUCGCUGACGCCGACGGUAGCUUACUUGGCCGAGGCGGCCGUGGGGCGCCGCCACCCGCCGUGGGACAACUCUAUUGAAGGCAUUAUACAGGGCUUCCAGCGCGUCUCUGCCAGUAAAAUAAGCCUGUGCGUGGCGAACAUCGAAAAACGACAGAAGACCGGCAUGUCUUACGAAGACGCAUGGAACAUGACGUCAGUCCAGCUUACUUCUGCUUCAGAGGCUCAUUGCCGCGCGAUCCUGCUAUCUUGCUACUUGGAAGAAACCGUGAAGUCAGUGCAGGGCGCUAGCAGCGCACUGCGUGACGUCAUGAUGCGACUCGUGGAGCUCUACACCCUGUACUGGGCCCUGCAGUGCGUCGGCGACUUGUUAAGGUUCACAUCGAUAUCUGAGCGCGACAUCGAGCAGAUGCAGGCGUGGUACGAGCGCCUGCUCACGCAGCUACGGCCCGACGCUGUGGGACUGGUGGACGCUUUCGACCUGCGAGACGAGAUCCUGCAUUCAACCCUGGGCGCAUACGACGGUCGCGUGUACGAGCGGCUGAUGGCAGAGGCCAUGAGAAGUCCGCUCAACCAGCAACCCGUCGACGAGUCCUUUCACAAGUACCUCAAGCCCUUCAUGCAGGGGAAACUGUGAACGGGACUAUUGUGUAUGAAUGAAUUGGUAUUCAGCAUUUUGACCCAAAUGUAACGCGCAAUAAAGUCGAAAAUUCUUUGAAAAGUAUAAAUAGUGCUGGGGACAUGACAUUGUAUGAAUCACUGGUACUUAAAGUAGUUAGAAGCUGGGAUAAAUCAUUACAUGUAAGCCUGUGGUGUCUGGUAUAAGUGCAAUUUUCACAAAUGACAAAAUAGGUUAAGAGUACUUUAGGGUGGCGGAUGUGAUAUUUAACGUAUGUACCUACAUUCCUUUGUGAUUAAAGUAGGAAACAGUAUUAUUCUGUUUGA